ACGAUCAUUAAACAUGAACAGCAUAAAUCAAAACUGCCUAACAUUAGCCUACUGAAUGAAAUGGCGACCCAGGAAAGCUGCUCCAGGUCGUAGAAAAUGGCGGACUGUGUACAGCUCACUGAGGGCAGAAUUCGUCAGCCGUUGUGGGCGGGGCCUAGACAUGUUAUGACGUCACAAAGAGAGGUGUAAAAAGAUGGGGAAACACAACAGCAAGCUUGCUCCUGAGGUGCUAGACGAUUUGACCAAGAGUACAGAGUUCAAUGAAGUUGAGCUGAAGCAGUGGUAUAAGGGAUUUCUGAAGGACUGUCCAACUGGGAUCCUCAAUCUGGAAGAAUUCCAGCAACUUUAUGUCAAGUUCUUCCCUUAUGGCGAUGCUUCAAAAUUCGCUCAGCAUGCCUUUCGGACCUUUGACAAAAAUGGUGAUGGUACCAUUGACUUCAGAGAGUUCAUCUGCGCACUGUCCAUCACUUCCAGGGGAAGUUUCGAGCAGAAACUCAACUGGGCCUUCAACAUGUACGACCUAGACGGAGAUGGCAAGAUCACACGCAUGGAGAUGCUGGAGAUCAUUGAGGCAAUCUACAAGAUGGUCGGAACGGUGAUCAUGAUGCGCAUGAACGAGGACGGGCUGACCCCACAGCAGCGUGUGGACAAAAUCUUCAGCAAGAUGGACAAGGACCACAACGAUGAGAUCACGCUGGAGGAGUUCAAAGAGGCAGCCAAGAGCGACCCCUCCAUUGUUCUUUUACUGCAAUGUGACAUGCAGAAGUAAGAAAGGAUAGGAGGGAGAUGAGUUAAGGAGGCUGGGGGGGUCUAGGGAGGGGAAGAGAACCAUGUACAGACUUCUAGAGAGAUGUAGGUAAUAGAUGCUGUUGAACAGAAGUUAGACUGCAUGGUAAUCUCAGUCGGGAGUGCAAAAGCAAUGAUUAUGGCCAUUUGGAAUGAUUAGUGAAAGUAAUGCAAGAGAGAGUAUUUUCAAUCCUGUAUCAAUUUUUACACAUUCCGUCUGCUUUCCAGCCUAGAGUCAGAAAGAUUGAAUCAUUAAUUGCAUUGCAUCCUCAGAAAAGUCUUUUGAGCCAAAAGAAAGGCAUCCGUCUCUUUCAGAAGUUUAAUUUAAAGGGGUGGUUUACUGCCAAUCAUGUCUUCAUGUUUUUUGUUUUUUUUUAAACCUUAUUUUUCAUAAAUUUCACCUUUAUUGUAAGCCGCUUUCUCCACUGUUAUUUGAACGACCGGUUGACUUCCUUAUUUGGAAGUUGGACCGAUGUUUUGUAAUUGGCUAAACCGUAUAGUUGUCCUGAAACUUCACGCACAUUACCUUUACAGGCGAAAGUAGCAUGUGCUCCGGUCAAAUGUAAAUAAUGGUGUCGAUACUGCAGAAUCAGUUUGAGCCAGAAUCAGAUCAAGCAGAACCUCCACAAACAUGGCUCUUACGAUGGUACAUUUUAUUAUUAUUCUAUUCUAUUUUAUUUUAUUCUAUUCUAUUAUGUUAGAAUUUUGAUAUGCUGUUACUUGAAAAUGCUACUGCUGCUUGUUAGCUUUUGGGAUAGAGUUUUCUCCUGAUUAAAUAUUAAAUACUGAAUAAAUGGCCGAGUAAUACCGUUUUUAAAGUGAUCAUUUUAUCUAUAUAAUGAACAAACGUUUACAUUCACAAAACUUGUAUUGUUUUCUUUAGGUGUACAUGUGACAUGUGUUAAAACUAAACUGUACACUGAUAACAGCAGCUGAAGUUUGCUGUAGCGAUUACUGCCUCUGGUUUUAAAGUUGGAGCUGCUUCAUGUUUUAAUAACAGUUUCUUCAGAUUCUGGAAGCUGUCUUCCGUAAAAUGUGGAGCACAGAGAGCUAAAUUACGAUUGUAAUUUUCAAGAAUAUAAUCAAACAUACAUUUUAGCCAUUGUUGAUGAACUACAGUGUCCAUAGGAAGCCCUGGGUGAAAAUAACACACUCUCGGCUCUCCACUAGAACUCUUCCUCUUCGACAAAGCCGCAGAAAUAUGGCCAUGCCCCCUUUUUUGCAUAUUCCGGAGGGAGGGUUGAUGUAAAUGUGUGGGUUAGUUUCGUAUAAAACCCAGGAAGUAUUUCGUUGUAGUCCCAUUCGAGUCAUUUUUGAAGUCGUUCCUGAUUUUACGUUGAACUUGAAAUUGCAAUCAACCACCCCUUUCUUUAAUAAUUAUAAAUAAAUAAUAAUCCAUUUUAACACAUUUUAAUCCAAGAUGAAGAUACAAAAGGCAAAGGAUGAAAAUAUACAUUAGGGAUGUACGAUAUGUCUGAAGCUAGCUAUCUGCUGAUAUUAUUUUUAUUUAUUUAUUUGUUGAUAUUGCAUGCAUAAUCGCCCAUUAUUUGUAUAUAUAAUUGUGCAUGCUCAUUUACCUCAUUUUUACCUCAUUUUUACUUGAUCGUUUCUGUCAUCCAACCAUAGACUGUAAAAAAA